GCGGCAGCGGCGGCUGCGGGAUGAAUGCACCUCCGGCCUUCGAGUCCUUCCUGCUCUUUGAGGGCGAGAAGAAGAUCACCAUCAACAAAGACACCAAGGUGCCCAACGCCUGCCUCUUCACCAUCAACAAAGAAGAUCACACGUUGGGGAACAUCAUCAAAUCGCAGUUACUGAAAGACCCCCAGGUGCUGUUUGCAGGGUAUAAAGUCCCACACCCACUGGAACAUAAAAUAAUCAUCCGUGUCCAAACCACCCCUGACUACAGCCCCCAGGAAGCUUUCACCAAUGCCAUCACAGAUCUGAUCAGUGAGCUCUCCCUCCUGGAGGAGAGGUUCAGGGUUGCCAUCAAGGACAAACAAGAAGGCAUUGAGUGAAAAGCCCUCCUGCUACAACAGGAUGUACCCAACAGUUCACUGCUCUAUUUCACCCUCCUUUCAUGGCAAAUAUUUUUCUUCUUGUCCCAUUUAGAUUUAACUUUCGACAGCAGCAGUGAGAAUUCAAAGUCUUUUGGUUUUCCAUAGCACAGCAGCACUGUGCCUGGAAGAGAAGUGGUUUGUUUUGGUUGAGUUGUUGGAUGUCACUAA